AUGGGUCUCUCUCCUUCCAACAUCCCUGAUGGAGCUCUGGACAUGACCAUCCCUGCUGACAAUACAGGGAGUGAAGAGGAACUUUAUGAGGAUGUGCACAGCUUCAGCCACCACUCCAGCCACCCUGGAUGGGGCAGUGAGCAGCUGGCCACCAAUGAGCUCAUCAGUGAUGGCAGUGUGGUCUGUGCGGAAGCACUCUGGGAUGUCACCAUGGAUAACCAGGAACUGGGCUUCAAAGCUGGGGAUGUCAUCGAAGUAAUGGAUGCCACCAACAGAGACUGGUGGUGGGGCUGUGUCACUGAUGGCGAGAGCUGGUUUCCAGCUAGCUUUGUGCGGCUGCAGGUGAACCAAGAGGAGCCCUUGGACAAUGAAGCGCUGAGGACGGGGGAUAGCAGAGCCAAGGCGCAGAGCAGCAGAGGAACCAACAUCAUCAAUGAGAUCUUCAGCACAGAGCAAGACUAUAACAAGCACCUGCAGGAUAUCCGCGAGGACUACAUCAGGCAGUGUUGCAAGCGCUCCGACAUGUUCAGCAAGGAGCAGCUGCGCACCAUCUUCGGGAACAUCAAGGACACACUACCAGUGCGUAAGGCCUUCCUGAAGGCCCUGGAGCAUACGUUCAACAGGGAGCACUCCCACCCGAGCGAGCUGGGCGCCUGCUUCCUGGAGCAGCAAGCAAACUUCCAAAUCUACUCAGAGUAUUGCAACAACCACCCCAAUGCCUGCAUGGAGCUCUCCCGGCUCACCAAGCUCAGUCAGUACAUGUACUUCUUUGAGGCCUGCUGCCUGCUGCAAAAGGUCAACAUCUCCCUAGACGAUUUCCUGCUGACCCCACUGCAGAUCUGCAAGUACCUGUUGCAGCUGGUUGAGCUGCUCGAGUACACUCUCCCCCAGCACAGGGAUUUCAAGGAUGUGGAAACUGCCUUACAUGUCAUGAAGAAUGUCAUCCAGCUCAUCAACAAAUGGAAAUGGAGACUUGAAAACAUCAAUAAGAUUGCUCAGUUGCAGAGCUCAAUAGAGGACUGGGAGGAGGAAGAUCUCCUGAUCAGGAGCUCUGCACUCAUCUACUUGGAGGAGCUGAUUCAAGUUAAACAGCCACAAGCCAAGAGCCAGCAGAGGAUAUUUUUUCUUGACCACUAAUUCAUCUACUGUAAGAAGGACCUUCUACACCAGGAUGUGCCAUACUAUAAGGGCCGAGGGGAGAUGGAUAGCUUGGAGGUGGUGGAUCUAGAGGACUGGAAGGACAGAGACCUCCACAUGAGCAUCAAGAAUGCCUUCUGGCUGCACUGUGGAACCAUGGGAGAGAGCUACCUUCUGUGUGCCAGGAAGCCUGAGCAGAGCCAGCGUUGGCUCAGCGCCUUCACCAGGGAGAGAGGGCAGGUGAGGUUGGCCCCUCACACGGGCUUCUCCAUCACCGAGCUACAGAGGAAGCAGGCCAUGCUGAAUGCCAGCAAGGUAGCUGGGAAGCCCAAAGCCCUUGGCCAGCCCUACUACCUGAUGCGCCAGAAGCACCUGGCACUGCCAACCAGCCUGCCCCAGCAACAGAUCUUGGUGCUGGCAGAGCCCAAGUGGAAGCCCUCCACCUUCUGGCACAGCAUUGGCCUCCUUCCGCAAGCCUCCAGCUGGUGA